AUGGUUGCCUUAAAUCAUACUGGUGUUAGCUACACAGUCUUCCACUUGCUAGGCAUCCCAGGCCUAGAGGACCAGCAUGUAUGGAUUUCCAUCCCCUUCUUCAUUUCCUAUGUCAUUGCUCUGCUUGGAAACAGCCUGCUUAUCUUCAUUAUCCUCACAAAACGCAGCCUCCAUGAACCCAUGUACCUCUUCCUCUGCUUGUUGGCUGGAGCAGACGUUGUUCUUUCCACUGCCACAGUACCACAAGCAUUGGCCAUCUUCUGGUUCCAUGCUGAGGAAAUCUCCCUUGAUAGUUGCAUUGCUCAGGUCUUCUUCCUCUCUUCUACUUUCAUCUAUGAGUCAGGGAUCUUGCUGGUAAUAGCAUUUGAUCGCUAUAUUGCCAUUUGCUACCCACUAAGAUACACCACUAUUCUUACACAUGCCCUUAUUGGGAAAAUUGGUGUGAUUAUAUUUCUGAGAAGUUAUGGUAUAAUUUUCCCCAUAAUAUAUCUUCUGAAAAGACUGACUUUCUGCAAAAAUAACAUCCUCCCAAACACUGCUUGUAGGCUUGUUGUCUUGGCCUGUGUCUCCUGUGAUGACAUCCAAGUGAACAUCUGGUAUGGUUUUGUCCUAAUUUUAACAGUUGUCUUUGAUUUUGUGCUAACCUUUAUUUCUUAUGUACUGAUUCUCUGCACUGUCUUUGGCAUCCCUUCCCAGGAUGCCCGUCACAAAACUCUCAACACAUAUGACUCCUAUGUCUGUGUUAUUGUCCUCUUUUAUGCACCUGGCAUCUUCUCAGUCCUUACUCAGAGAUUUGGACAUCAUGUUUCACCCCAUAUCCAUGUGCUCCUGGCCAAUAUCUACAUUCUGGCUCCACCUAUGCUGAAUCCCAUCAUUUAUGGGAUCAAGACCAAACAGAUCCAGGAACAGGUGGUUAAUGUGUUCUUUCCAAGGCAGAAAUAA